AAUUUUCUCCCGCCAUUUAUUUAAACGUAUUCCACCGGAAAUUAGUCUAUAGAUGCGUUUGUUUCCGAAAAGUGAACGUUUCACGAGUCAACAGCAACGUCUUUCGAGAAGUUCUAGGCGCUGUGUGCGACAUUUUUCGUUCUUUUAUCCGUCAUCCAAUCUUCAAUGUAAUGAAAUAACACGUCGAUUAGCGUAUAUUUACGAUAUUAGUGUUCAUAGUCGUAAUUUAGUAAUCUUAAGAUUACGAUAUAAGCUAAUAUGGGCGACGAAAGCCACCCGAAAACUCUCUACGUCGGUAAUUUAGACGCGAGUGUGACAGAAGAUUUCCUAUGCGCGUUAUUUGGACAAAUAGGCGAGGUAAAAGGCUGUAAGAUAAUUCGUGAACCCGGUAAUGAUCCUUAUGCAUUUCUCGAGUUUACAAAUCAUUCGGCAGCGGCUACGGCCCUGGCCGCCAUGAACAAACGAGUGUUCCUCGAUAAGGAGAUGAAGGUUAACUGGGCUACGAGUCCUGGCAAUCAGCCGAAGACCGACACUAGCAAUCACCAUCAUAUAUUUGUUGGUGAUCUGUCGCCGGAAAUUGAAACUCAUAUAUUGCGUGAGGCUUUUGCACCUUUUGGUGAGAUAUCAAACUGUCGGAUAGUCCGCGACCCACAAACGCUCAAAUCAAAAGGGUACGCCUUUGUGUCAUUUGUUAAAAAAGCUGAUGCUGAAGCUGCAAUUCAGGCUAUGAAUGGACAGUGGUUAGGCUCACGUUCCAUACGCACGAACUGGUCAACUCGUAAGCCACCAACCAAUAGACCCAACGAAGGUGCGCCAAGUAGCAAAAGAGCUAAACAGCCAACUUUUGAUGAAGUUUACAAUCAAAGUUCACCAACAAACACAACUGUCUACUGUGGAGGAUUCACAAGCAAUGUAAUUACUGAGGAAUUAAUGCAAAGCACAUUCUCACAGUUUGGCCAGAUACAAGAUGUUAGAGUAUUCAGGGAUAAGGGGUAUGCGUUUAUUAGGUUCACAACAAAAGAAGCGGCUGCCCAUGCUAUUGAAGCUACCCAUAACACAGAAAUCAGUGGUCACACAGUCAAAUGUUUCUGGGGUAAAGAGAAUGGAGGUGGCGAUAAUCAGAGUACGAACAAUGCACCGCCUUCAGCCCCUGCUAACAUGGGAGCACAAACACAGUAUCCUUACCCAUACCAACAAGGGAUGGGUUACUGGUAUGCCCAGGGUUACCCCGCGUUACAAGGUUACAUGGCGCCUGGAUAUUAUCAGCAGUAUGCAGCCGCCUAUAGCAGCCCACAAGCGGCAGCCGCAGCCGGUUACCGCAUGAGCAUGCCCGGCGGUGGCGGCGCGGGAUCGGGCGGGGCGGGUUGGGGCGGAGCGCCGCCUGUCAUGUACGCGUCCGCGGCGAUGCCCUCCGCGCAGUACCCCACGCAGUAGCACCCCUCACCACCGCCGCGACUGAGAAUAUGAGAAUACCCCCCUCCACGAGUUGUACCAAUGAAUGUCUAACUAUUGCCGAAUCUAAUAUAUCUCACUGACAGAACUUCAAUCUUCCCGAUAAUGUAAUUUCUCUUAGUUUUGGUAAAUGUCUUUUUUCUCAUUGGUCUAUUAUUCUAUUUGUCAGUUCUCCGUUAGAAGUAAUAAUACUUUUUUUUUGCUUUAGUCACACAAAAUGUACAGUCCACAGCACAUCAGGUUAUAAGAAACUGUCAUUUUUCUGUAAUCAAUUUAUACCUUAAUUUGUUGGUAGUUGGGUUCAGAAUUAAUUGCAGAAAUUUGAUAUUUCGUAGUCAAAUAACCAAAUCUGAUAUGCUACUUUGUGUACUUAAGUGUAGGAUUAGAGUUAAAAGUCUCCUUCUUUCUACCAUAAAACUAAGUAAUAAUAUACUAACGGGAAGAAACUGGAUCUGUGGCGUAUGUCAUAUUUGUUUGGUGGCAUAACUUAAGCUUUUCACAUCCCUAGGCAAUGUUAG